UGAGUGGUCACUCCUGCCAUCAUCUGGCAUCAACACACAUCUUUUUUUAUGUACUUCAUUAUGCAAUUAGGUGUUGUCAUCAAUUAUUUUUCGCAUCAACAUGAAAAGUUUGUGCAUUGUUGAGGCCCUAAAAAACGAGCUGAAGGAGUCCAAACUCGACAUGAAAAAUUUAAUAGGCAUUGGUACCGAUAAUGCCAACGUGAUGACAGGUGUAAAUAACAGUGUGUACACUUUGUUAAAAAAGGAAGCGCCUUCCUUGAUUUUAAUAAAGUGCGUCUGUCAUUCGGUUCAAUUGGCUGUAAGUCAUGCUUGUAAAGAUUUUAUGCCUGCAAGUUUGGAGUUUUUGGUUCACGAAACCUAUAACUGGUUUUCGAAAAGUUCGGCUAGUCAGCUCGUGUACAAAGAUCUAUACCAGGCUUUAAACGACGAUAAGGUUUGUGUAGGAAAAGAUGCUACUUUUUAUACCGUAUUCGUUGUAUUUGUUCUAACUCGUUUUUGCUCUAACAUUCUAACUAUUCGUUUUAAUUGUUUUUAAAAAAAUGUUAUUUUAUGUGUGAUCGUCCCUAUUUGCAUUAAUACAAAUUUUCUUUAGAAAACUAAUCUUUUUAAUCUAGUAAAAUAAAAAACUUAUAACUUUUUGAAAUAUUCUUCGCCAAGGCUCCACUAGAGAUCCCAAAAGUGGGCGACACAAGGUGGCUGUCAAUCGAAUUGGCAGUCUCACGAAUACUGCAGCAAUGGGAAGAGCUGAAACUCCAUUUUAACCUAGCAGCGAGCAAGGAAAAAUGCCAUAACUACGCAUAUUUACUUUUUUUAAAUUCAAUAUUGUCCGAGAUGCAAAGAGUAAAUAAGUGUUUCCAGAGCAGCAACACAAAUGGUACGGAAUUAUUAAAUGAUUUGACGUUGGCCAUUCAUUCAUUGAAAAAGGGCAUAGUUCCACCUGAUAUAGAUGUGGAUUUGUUGGAAACGGAGGAUGUCGAAAGAUAUGUCCACGAUGAUCUAGCGCAAGGAUAUGAGUUUGAGAAACAUGUAAAGUUAAUGAAAUUGGAUCCAUUAUCUGAAAAAGAGAUUCGAGACUGCUGCUCGAGAUUUUUAGUUGAGCUUAUUAAGCAACUCAAGCAGAGGCUUCCAGAAAACUAUAAGAUAUUGAAGCAGAUUGAUAUUUUUUCUGUGAACAAUGUGCUGCGCCACUAUUGGAAGGACUAAGUUGCCAAAAUAUUGGGAAAAUUGAAAGCGAAUACAAAAAAAUUCAUUUUGUUAAUUGGCAAAAUACGGACAACACAAAAAAAUUUUGGAUUGAAGUCAAUUCCUAUAUGGAUUCUGAAGGCAACAACACAUUUGCGGAGUUGGCUCGGGUUGCCAUUAAUAUAUUAU